AUGCUUUGGACCGAUGCUAACGAUGAAAAUCAGGAAACUUCGGAACAAGUCAUGCUCCCGAAGGCGGAAGACUCCUGGCACAAUUCACUAGAACAAUGUCAACAAAUUCUUGACAACGAAGAUGGUCUUGAGAAAAUGGAUUCCAUUCAUAAUAUCUUGGUAUUAUUGAGAUCUUCCUUCCCCAAGAACGAUGGAGCAAAUCACUUUUAUUCUCAAUGGAACCAUUGCGCCGCACUUCAUCCUCACAUUCAGACUCUAAGAGACAAGGUGGUUGCCUUUAAACCCACAGAGCCAAUGGACAAUGAUGAUCAGGAAUUAUAUACUGAGCUUAUUCUUAAUGACAUUUGGUAUAUGAUAGAGAUCCAACACUUUUUGGAGGCCGAACGCUCUCUCUUGUCGCUUUUAGAGACCGCGGAGAAUGAUUCCAAAUUGGCUGCCAAAGUCCACCGAAGCUUAUUAGGGCUUUAUGAGAGAAUUGGCCGCAGCAUUCUUGCUAAGAGUUCUGCGUUCUCGGAGUGGGCCAUCGUUGGUAGCAAUUCGCGAGAUAUGAGCAACAAUGUUGCUAAUGCCUGGAGCAAUAUGGGCUACACAAGAGUUUCUGCCUUCGAGGCCUCAAAUGGGGUAUUCUAUCUUGACAAAGCGAUCUCGAUAGCUAAGCAUGUACCUGAGCCGAGCCGCUACCAACAGUUUAACAUUGACCGCUUCUUGCGAAAUAGAGGACGCGCAAACCAGCAAAUGCGCCGUUUUGAAGACGCCUUACGUGACUUUGAUGAGGCGGAAGAAUAUCAGAAGAAGAUCCAUGGACCAAACAGUCAUUAUUAUGGAGAGUGA